AUAAAAUGUCGUAAAAUUAAUAAUUUUGAAAACAAAAAAAUUAAAAGUUUAUAUGCAUUGCAUGAACUUUACUUUCUUAAUUAUACCAUUUCGUAUGAACAACACAUAAGAUAUCUAAGCGUUUCGGUCAUUAUACAUCAUCCACCACAUUCGUAAACAAUGUCGUUUUUUACUUGGUUCUCAUCGAUAUCCUCUCUUCUGCUAUUGGAGCGUUUUUGAUUUUUUCGGUCCAAAAUCAAGAAAAAAGGAAGAAAUUCGCAAGAACAAAGAAAAUAUCCGAAAGGUCACUGAUUAUCAUAAAAGAAAGAUAAAUAUUCCAGAAAUGGGUGCUGAACAUUCCCAGCAAAGGGCGGAAGCGGACGGCCGUGAAAUAUUCGAUGGAGAUGCUAGAACUCAAUUGAAUCAAAAUUCUACUGGCCGACCUUCGCCUAUGAUUCAAGGAACUGCCGCAGGUGCAAUAAAAAAACGUUCCAUGUUGAGACAGGGUAGUGCUAGUUCAUCCACCACCAGUAAACUAAGGCAAACCAAUGAUCCUAUACCAUCUCCAACAACAUCGGAAAUGAGUAGGCCCUCAUCUCCGCCGUUAAGUGUGUGCUCCGAUUUGCCUUACGUUUCCUAUACAACAGACAGACCUAUUGGUGAUUCACCUAAGAUUCGAGGAAAAUCCGGCAGUAGUCCGGCAACUAAUCGUAAUUCAUUAGUCUUAAGACGGCCCAAUACAGGUGCCAAACCAAAAAGACCUCAGUCUACUGUUGGUACCCAUAGCAUAGUGAUUGUAAAACCCGGAGUAAAGGAUCCUCAUGAAGAAAUCGAAACCGAGUUACAACAACUGCAAAAUAUACCGCAAUUUUUGCCAGUUUUACGGGACACCAUUAGCUCAUCAACAUUCACCAAAGAUGCAGAACUGUUGGAAAGACUUGAUAUUCAACCACAUUUGUUGAAUAUUUGCUGUCGCAUGCAAACACAUCUGAAUAUGUGUGCCAACAUGGUGGCCCAAGAUCAGUCGCAUCUUGUUGAACGUACUAAAGUGGUGAGCAAUUCAAUAACCACACUUUUUGCUUCAUUUGUUGAUAUGCAAAAGACUUAUGCUGCGUACGCUGAACAAUUUGCCAAGGUGCGUCUGAUCUCCGAACAGCUGAGUCGUUGUAAUUCCAUAUUGAAUGCAAACUUGGAAAGCCUAGAGACCAUUAACAAUUUUUUGGAUGUUGAAGAUCGUCUGGAGCCGUUUGUAUGGCGUACCGAUGACAACAAACAUAGGGGUGAAGCUGAGGGUGCAGCAACAAUGCGCCUCAGAAGGGUGUAGUUAAGAAAAUAAAUAAUAAAUAAUAAAUAAAUAAUAAAUUAAAACAUUUUUUUCGUAGACGAAUAUGUGUAAUUUUAGUUAUUUAUUGUUUUGUGAAGUCAUUGUAAAUUAAUGUAUAAUUUUAGUUAAUAUCUAAAACAAAAAAAAACAUUUAUUAAAUAGUAAUUCAUAAGCAUACAUAUAUUGUUAUGUAAAAUAUAUACAAAAAAUAUGUCACAUGGAUCUCCUUCAAAAACUAAUCACAAUAUCUUAAAUUUUACAUUAAUAACAUAUUAAAACAAAUUUGGAAAAUGAAUAAAACAAAUGUGUGGCGAAUAAAUGUGAUGUCGAUGUUGU